GUGCUCGGAAGUUGCCCAUGGCGGAGUUCGGGGAGGACGGCGGCCGCCUGCCUCCAUUGAAUCUCGGGGAGGAUACGGCCGUGGCCGGCGACGGAGAAGAAGAAGAAGAAGAAGGAGACGCUGGCAAGACGCAUCGCGAAGUGUCGGUGUCGGUGUCGAAUGGAAGCUGCGGGGUACCGGACAACAUGGUCGGCGGCUCGGGAGCCCGCGUCGCACCUGGCGGCCACGCCGGGCCGGAUGCCGCCAACACCUCCGCGGGAUCGGACGCCACGUCGGAAAUACCGCGCAGGAGCAGCAUUAUCAAGGACGUCUCGAGACAGCGCAAAGAAAGAAAGAAGACGGUAUCGUUCAGCAGCAUGCCCACAGAGAAGAAAAUUAGCACCGCAAGCGACUGCAUCAACGCAAUGGUGGAUGGCUCCGAGCUGAAGAAAGUGCGAUCAAAUUCCCGCAUCUACCACCGCUACUUUCUCCUGGACGCCGACAUGCAGUCUUUGAGAUGGGAGCCCACGAAGAAGGAGUCAGAAAAGGCCAAAAUUUAUGUGAAAUCCAUCAAAGAAGUGCGGACAGGCAAAAACACAGACACCUUUAGAACUAAUGGGACCUAUGAUCAGAUUUCGGAGGACUGUGCCUUCUCGAUCAUCUUUGGGGAGAACUAUGAGUCCCUGGACUUGGUGGCACACACUGCAGAUGUGGCCAACAUCUGGGUUACCGGGCUGAGGUACCUGAUCUCCUACGGGAAACACGCCUUGAAUAUGAUCGAAAGCACUCAGAACAACAUGCGCUCCUCUUGGCUCGGCGAACUUUUUGACGAGGCGGACGUUAACGACAGCAGAAAGGUAUCGAUAUGUGCUGCUGUGCAGCUGGUCAAGAAGUUGAACCCCGGACUUAAAAAUGUGAAAAUAGAACUGAAGUUCAAAGAGAUUCACAAAGCCAAGGACAAAGUGGGUUCGGAUGUGACGAGAGACGAGUUCAUCGAGGUCUUUCACGAUCUUUGCACCAGACCGGAAAUCUAUUUUCUCUUUGUUCAGUUCUCCAGUAAUAAAGAAUUUCUGGAUAGCAAGGACUUGAUGAUAUUCCUGGAGGCAGAGCAGGGUAUGGCACAAGUCAGUGAAGACACCAGCUUAGAGGUCAUUCUCAAAUAUGAACCAUCCAAAGAGGGCCGGCUUAAGGGUUGGCUUUCUCUAGAUGGGUUCACCAACUAUCUCUUGUCUCCAGAGUGCCAUAUAUUUGACCCUGAACAAAAAACAGUUUGCCAAGACAUGAACCAGCCCGUGUCCCACUAUUACAUCAACGCAUCCCACAACACGUAUCUGAUAGAGGAUCAGUUCAGAGGUCCCUCUGACGUGACGGGGUACAUCCGUGCCCUCAAGAUGGGCUGCCGCAGUGUAGAGCUGGAUGUUUGGGACGGGCCUGACAACGAACCUGUUAUUUACACCGGUCACACGAUGACAUCGCAGAUAGUUUUUCGCAGCGUCAUCGACGUCCUCAACAAGUACGCCUUUGUUGCAUCCGAGUUUCCACUGCUGCUGUGUCUAGAAAACCACUGCUCCUUAAAGCAGCAGAGAGUCAUGUUUCAGCACAUAAAGAAGAUCCUCGGAGACAAGAUCCACACGGAUCCUCCGAAACCCGAGGACUGCUACCUGCCCUCCCCCUUGGAACUGAAGGGAAAGAUCCUGCUGAAGGGUAAGAAACUGAGCACGAGCUGCACCGCGUCAGAAGGCGAGGUGACGGACGAGGACGAGGGCGCCGAAAUGUCUCAAAGGAUGAGCAUCGACUCUGCGGAACAACAGACGGUGGCGCCCAAGAAAUUCCAGCUGUCGAAGGACCUCUCCGAUCUGGUGACCUUGUGCAAGUCUGUGGAGUUCAAAGAUUUCCCGACGUCCUUCCAGAGCCAGAAGCAAUGGGAGCUGUGCUCUUUCAACGAGGUCUUUGCCAGUCGCUGCGCCAGCGACUUCCCGGGUGACUUUGUGAACUACAACAAGAAGUACCUUGCGCGAGUUUACCCCAGCCCCAUGCGGAUCGACUCCAGCAACAUGAAUCCGCAAGACUUCUGGAAGUGCGGUUGCCAGAUCGUGGCGAUGAACUACCAGACUCCGGGCCUGAUGAUGGAUUUAAACAUCGGGUGGUUUCGCCAGAACGGGAACUGCGGCUACGUGCUGCGUCCGGCCAUCAUGAGGGAGCACGUGUCAUAUUUCAGUGCCAACACGAAAGAUUCAGUGCCCGGUGUUUCUCCACAGCUCUUGCACAUCAAGAUCAUCAGCGGACAAAACUUCCCCAAACCCAAAGGCUCCGGUGCCAAAGGAGACGUAGUAGACCCCUACGUGUACGUGGAAAUACACGGCAUUCCGGCCGACUGCGCCGAGCAGAGGACUAAAACGGUCAACCAGAACGGGGACAACCCUCUGUUUGACGAGAGCUUUGAGUUUCAGGUCAACCUCCCCGAGCUCGCGAUGGUGCGCUUCGUGGUGCUGGACGACGACUACAUCGGCGACGAAUUCAUCGGCCAGUACACCAUCCCCUUCGAGUGCCUCCAGCCAGGCUUUCGACACGUGCCGCUACAAUCACUGACGGGGGAGGUGCUGCCACACACCUUGCUGUUUGUUCACGUGGCCAUAACCAACCGCAGAGGAGGCGGCAAACCGCACAAACGGGGCCUGUCUGUACGAAAGGGCAAGCGGAGCCGGGAGUACGCCAGCAUGAGAGUGCUGUUGAUCAAGGCCGUGGAUGACGUCUUCAAAACCGCCGUGCUGCCACUGAGGGAGGCAACAGAUCUCAGAGAAAACAUGCAGAAUGCCAUCGUGUCCUUUAAAGAGCUGUGCGGCCUUUCAGCGGUUGCUAACCUGAAGCAGUGCAUCUUGGCCCUGGCCCCUCGACUGACUGGACCCGACAACAGCCCUCUUCUGGUGUUCAACCUCGCGGACCAGUACCCCAACUUGGAGCCCCAGGGUCUGCUACCAGAGGUCCUCAAGAAAGUCGUCACCACCUAUGACAUGGUGAUCCAGACCAGCAAGACUCUGCUGGAGAACUACGAGGCGGUGUACGAGAGAUUUCUACAAACCCAAAAAGCCGCGAUGGAGUUCCACGAGAACCUCCACGACUCGGCGGUGAAGGAGGGGCUGAAGGGCCGGAAGCUGCACAAGGCGGUGGAGAGCUUCACGUGGAACAUCACCAUCCUGAAGGGCCAGGCGGACCUCCUGAAGCACGCCGGGGGUGAAGUCCAGGAGAACCUCCGGCAGAUCCACUACGCCGCCCUCACCAGCAACCUCAGCAAAGGCGGAGCGGCGGGCGGCGGCGGCUCGGCCGGCUCCGAGUCCAAGAGCAGACGCGGCCUGGAGGCCAUCCCCGAGAAGGCCCCGGUGGAGGGGGAGGAGCUACCCGACGAGGUCCACUGAAGAACCACACAGACCCAAAAGCUCUCUCUCUCUCUCUCUCUUUACCACUCUGCUCUGGCAUCACUGCACACACAAACACACACACACACACACCAGUGUUUUUCCACAUUCCAUUGUGUACAUUCCUGUAUCCCCAAGCACAGCUGUAACCUCUCAGACUUCUGCCUCGUAACCAUCAGUAAAAAUAAAAAAAUAAAUGCCACAACGACUCCAACACACACACACACACACACACACAGACAUCCUGCCCCCGAGUUCAGCUCACAGGAAGUGGACGGCAUCGCUCCCCCGAGCCUCGAACCGAUCACGUGCACACACACACACAUACCAGACCUUCAUCAAAGUGCCAGACAUGAACCCCCCCCCCUCUUCAUCACAUUAGUCCUCUCCAUUCAUUCCUCUCGUCUUGUCUCCGGGGCGAGGUGGGAGGAGCCAGCAGUCACAUGACCUCACUGUUCAGAGACGGUUCAAAGGAAGGAGCCCGUUGGAUUAUUGUUAUUACUGUUGUAAGAGAUUUACUAAAGCACAAUGUUAUUUUUUAUUUUUUUUAGAGUUAUGAAUGUUACGAGACAGGCGGAGCGAAAGAAGUUUUUUAAAAAAAGAAGAAAAAAAAGUCGUGAAUGAGAGUAAAAGAGAGUUUACAAUCCUGGACCGGUCCGUGUUCUUGUCUGCCAGCGUCCUGUGUGAGUACACCUGUGACCCGGUUAACAUCCUGUUACACGAUUUGUUUCCUCCUGCAGAGUGCAUCGUUUUGUUAUUGUAUACUUGGAAAUAUAAGAUUUAUUUUAUUAAAAAAAAAGAUAUAUGGACACGUCUGUGGCAAAAAACCCACAAAAAACAGAAGGUGUAUUAGUGUGUAGACGAGGAGGAGCGACAACAGAAUGUAUUCACACGUCUCGACCACCAGCAGCUGCGUGGCGGACAACCACGCGUCACCCGGGGGAGACGGCUUCGCUUUGGGGGGGCCUCGCGUUUCAGAGAAGGUGUUUUUAAAUGAGCUGCAGCUCCUUGCAGGCGAGCGCUCGACCGCCACGACGACACCAACUGUGGCGGCUUUAGAGAGAAAAAAGAGACUAAUUCCCGGACUAAUCACCCGGUUGAGUUCUCUUCCGGGAGGUCACGUUCAAAGACCGCCGUCGCAGUUUGAGCCGUCGGUGUUUUAACGACUUUGAAGGAAUGCCCCCCCCAAAAAAAAUGCUUUCAUCAUAACCCCUUUGUACGAAUUUAAACUCAGGUCUGUUGAGAAGGACGUGAAGUUCAGAGUGAUUACCACCGCGUCAGCGUUUAUUUAAAUGUGUGAACCCGAACAUCGGUGGACUAGUUUACGCCUUUUUUAAAAUGCCCUUUUCCCCUCGAGCUCUUCGUUUAACAGUCCACGUCUCUCAUCCGACAAGAAGUGAGGAGAGUCAUAAACUCUGUGAUCGACACGACCUUCAGAAGGUCGUCUAACCAACAUUUUAAUGCUCACUCGCGUCACACUUUUCUCAAUUCACCGAGUCCCUAUUGUUAUGCAAGAGGGAAGGUUGAAGGUGACAAUUUUUAUCAUCACCCGGAACAUGCAGCCUCCAAAUUGACCGUUAAUAUCCAUUCAAUUAAUCAAUUACAUAUAGCGAGGUGUACCUAAUAAACUGGCCAUUGAGGAGACGCGGGCAUGCAAAAAAGAGAAGGGCUAAAAAAAAAAUGCUUAACUCUAAUUGUAUUAUUACUGAUACAUACAUGUGUUAGAGCUUCACAUAUUAUUUCUGAACUGACAGCCGAUCAUGUGACUUCACCAAAUCCAGUUCAAGGAAUUUAAGUAUGACGUUUACAAAUUUAAAAUAAAUAGAUUUUUUUCUUCAACUGCAAAAAAUGUUGUCGUUGUGAAUCUUGAUUAAAAACACGCCUGCAAAAAAAGAAAAAUUAAAAACUAAAUCUGCUGCAGAGUUUCUAUAACGUGGAAUCUUAUGUAUUUAUUAAAAAGUCACGUUUGGUGAAAGAUAAUAAUUCCCUUUUUCUUCUUUUAAAAUCGUAAAUUGGAUGUGAAAAAUAAUUCUAUUUCAUGGAUUAUCGGGGAUAAUUACCUCAAAAAUAUUGAUCACCAGAGAGAAAUCAAUCACUUUGAAUCCACCGACACGUUUCCACCCGGAGAACUUCUCCUCUUCAUGUUUCAUCUGCAGCUCGUUUAUGUCGCCAUGUUGGAUUUCAUUUAAAAACACAGGAAAAAAUAAACUAUUGUUGUCUCAGUGCCAGUCGGCGUAUUUCUAAUUGUUGUUGAGGACGGGGAAAAAACACAACCCUCCCACAAUGCAUUGCACAUUGAACUCCGGUCUCACGUCUUCUUCUUCUGACAAGUCCACAAAAAAACGGAAUAAACUGUUGGAUAGAUUU